ACUCGAUAACUCGGUGCUCGAUAAGGGCGUGCUUCUCCUACGCGCAGGCUCUCUUGCCGAUGGCCGAAGGGAUGGAUGCGUGAUGGCCGCCCCAGCCCACUGACUGGGAGAGUGGCGAGCCGCCAGCGGCACCGGCUCCAGCCGGUGACCCUCACCCGCCUGCAGCGGUACUGAGUGAACCUCUUCCUCCCUCCUCGCAUCGUAUCUUGAGCCGCUCGGGCUCCGGCUCAGUCCCACAGCCUCCCGGGGAGGGAGGAGGUAACCGCAGGGGGCGGAAGGAUUCUUUUUGCUGCUGACAAGAAACCACUCAUCUAAGGAAUAAUGUUCUUCCCCACCAUCUGCUUCAUUAAGCUAAUGCCACUGGACAACUUGUACUGCUGAGAUUCUGUUCUUGCUUUUUGACAUGCAGUUAAUUGUCAUAGAGAAGUGAUUCAAUCAUCAUGGCAUCUCUUGAUGAUCCUGGGGAAGUGAGGGAGGGCUUUCUUUGCCCUCUGUGCCUAAAGGAUCUACAAUCUUUCUAUCAGCUUCAGUCACAUUAUGAAGAAGAACAUUCCAGUGAGGACAGAGAUGUCAAAGGGCAGAUAAAAAGUCUGGUCCAGAAGGCUAAGAAAGCAAAGAAUAAGUUGCUGAAACGAGAAGAUGAUCGGUCAGAGUCUGGGACACAAGGAUAUGAGUCUUUCAGCUAUGGAGGAGUAGAUCCGUACAUGUGGGAACCACAGGAACUUGGUGCUGUGAGAAGUCAUCUUUCUGACUUCAAAAAACAUCGAGCUGCCAGGAUUGACCACUAUGUUGUAGAAGUCAAUAAAUUAAUAAUCAGGUUAGAAAAGCUUACAGCAUUUGACAGAACAAAUACUGAGUCUGCUAAAGUAAGAGCGAUAGAGAAGUCGGUUGUUCCAUGGGUCAAUGAUCAGGAUGUUCCUUUCUGCCCUGACUGUGGGAAUAAGUUCAGCAUCCGUAACCGCCGUCACCAUUGCCGCCUUUGUGGAUCAAUUAUGUGCAAGAAGUGUAUGGAGCUGAUCAGCCUUCCCUUGGCAAGCAAGCUCACCAGUGCCAGCAAAGAGGCCUCUUUGACCUCCCAUACCAGUCCCAACCAGUCACCUAAUAGCAUCCAUGGUUCUCGAAGGGGCAGCAUCAGUAGCGUGAGCAGUGUUAGCUCCGUAUUGGAUGAGAAGGACGAUGAGCGGAUCCGCUGCUGUGGACAUUGUAAAGAUGCCUUGCUUAAGAGAGAGCAGCAGAUUGAUGAGAAAGAACAUACUCCUGACAUUGUGAAGCUUUAUGAGAAACUGCGAAUUUGUAUGGAGAAAGUUGACCAGAAGGCUCCGGAGUACAUAAGAAUGGCAGCAUCACUAAAUGCUGGAGAGACAACCUACAGCCUAGAACAUGCUAAUGACCUCCGAGUAGAAGUGCAGAAAAUGUAUGAGUUAAUAGAUGCUUUAAGUAAGAAGAUUUUGACACUUGGUUUGAAUCAGGACCCUCAGCCACACCCCAGAGCUUUGCAGCUCCAGAGAAUGAUAAGAUAUUCAGCUACACUUUUUGUUCAGGAAAAGUUACUUGGUUUGAUGUCACUGCCAACCAAAGAACAGUAUGAAGACUUGAAAAAGAAAAGGAAACAAGAAAUUGAAAGAAAACUUAUCAUGGAAAGACAGGCUGCUCUAGAGUUACAGCGGCGAUCAGAAGAGAGGCAGAAAGAAUUGGUUUCUCGAUGUGCAGUGAAUGGAGAAGAAACUUUGGUCCAGAAGGGAACUGUGAGGAAAGCUGAGGGCUGGCUUCCCAUGUCCAGCGGGCCAGGUCAGAGUGAGGAGGCAGACCCCCUCCUGCAACAGAUCCACAACAUCACCUCCUUCAUCAAGCAGGCCCAGGCCGCUAGCCGGGUGGAUGAAGUCCGCACGCUGCAGGAGAACCUGCGCCAGCUGCAGGAUGAGUAUGACCAGCAGCAGACAGAGAAGGCCAUUGAGCUGUCCAGAAGACAGGCAGAAGAGGAAGACCUCCAGAGGGAGCAGCUACAGGUUCUUCGGGAGAAAGAGUGGCAGAGGGAGCAGGCCCAGGCCACUUCUCAGCACACACGGACUCACUCUCUAGACUUCAAAGACAAGCUCUUCCAUUGGGAGUCUGGGAUUGACUCUCCAAGCCAGACGGCACACAUUUUGGACCUGGGCCCUUCGUUGGUCCGACAUAAUGCUGUUCUUAAGAGUCCUUCUCCCAGCUCAGGCCAGGAGCCAAAUAAGGAGAAACCUGUGUUUUCCACAAUAGCUCAGGAGAUCCUACAGCAGAAUGAGGUAGUUUCCUUGAACCCCUUUGAAGAAGAAGAGGUCUCUAGUCCUGGAGAUGAAGGCCUCACUAAUCCAUUUGCUGAAGAUGUUUCUCACGGAGGUUGCUCACCUCCCUCAGCUGUUGCCAGUGUUAAAAAAGAAUAUAAUCCCUUUGAAGAUGAGGAGGAUGAACCUGUGGGUGAUGCCAAUGGGCCUCUUCUGAACCCCUUUGAAGAGGAUGAGCAGCUUCCUUAUCCAAAGCAUUCCAGCCCUCCCCAUCCUGGCAACCCUUUUGAGGAGCCAGCCUCCACCAAUCCCUUUGAUAUGGAAGACAGCGAGCCUGAUGGGGAAGAGCUCAUAGAGGAAGAGCUGCUUCUCCAGCAGAUCGACAAUAUCAAGGCGUACAUUUUUGAUGCUAAGCAGUGUGGCCGCUUGGAUGAGGUGGAAGUGCUGACUGAGAACUUGAAAGAGCUGAAGCGCACGCUAGUCAAGCAAAAAGAGAAGGCCAACUGAUGGGAGCGAGCAUGGGGGUGCCUGCCAGCAGGAGCACGGUGGGAGGGGUGGAUAGUGGGGCUUCCAGCAGGGUUGAAUUAAGGUGCACAAAGUUAGGAGAGGGAAUCUGCAAUUUGAUGCUAUGCACUUUUACUGAGGUAUUUCCACUAAAUAAAAAGGGGCACACGAACAGGAGAAUAAGUAUUCAGUUACUGUUUUCCUGUUUUUGUCUUUUUCCUUUUAAGAAGGGAUUUUAAAUAGUCACCACAGAAUUAACUAAAUGCUAUGUAGGUCUGUGGGGGCUAGAGUAGAACUAGUUAAGGUUAUGGGGCAGUUCUGUCACUUCUCUUUUCAUCAUUAUGCAGUAUUAUGGGGCAGCCUUAAAAAUGGACCUUCCACUAAACCAAGAGCAAACCUUGGUGUGCCUAGGCACAGGCCUCUGAUCUCAGUGGGAAUCUUCUGUUGUGUAGCUUACCAGAGCCCAGCUGUUUAAGAGCAGGCCAGAUUCCUUAGCACUAUAGCCUGUGUCCAACUUUGUACUUGUUUACUCUGUAGAAACAUGAUACUAGAGACAGAAAUUAGACCUUUCAUCAGUUCUCUUUAGAAGAUUUGAUGGAAGUAUUUGGGGAGGGGGGCAGGUAGGAAGGAAGAGUGAGCAAUGGAAUGUUGAAAUUCCUACUUCUGAACCCAGUACAGCUUGCCCAUCUCAUGUUAGCAAGUUGAUCCAGCCUCCAACAACAGUUGGCUGCCAGUGUUUGAAGGCAGGAGAGGUCAAUUGGUUCACAAGCACCAUUUGGGAAAACUACCUCCCCCCUCACCCCCCCAACUUCAUAGGUAGUGGCUGAUAAAAUGAUGAGGUGUAUUCUUCAGGAAUCCGUGCCAUGGAACUUUGGAAAAACCACUCUUCAGACUUAGGCCUCUUCUAGCCUUCAUGGGAAAAGGAAUAUUUUCUUAAAGUGGAGGAAAAGUUCAGAUGUCUUUUGGGAAAGAUUGAUCAGCUCCAUGCAUUCCUCCUUCAGCUUAGCGAGGCAGAUGAAAACAAUGUCAAACUGCUUUUGGUAUGACAGGAGUUGGAUGUUUUAAAGCACAACACAGCUGCGUUAUUUAACUUUUGCCACAGGGCUCAUUUCAAGGCUAGAAGGUAGAAUAUUUAAUUUACUUCUUGGUGGUGGGCACAGUUCUUGAGAACAGAACCUAAAGAACUUAACAGAGCUUUGUCAAGAACCCGAGUGAUCACCACAUUCCAAUUUAAGUAGAACUUGUUGCUGAUCAUGCACCCCUUGCCGCUCUGCAGUGUUUGGUUCUUUGCAAAAGAUGACAAAAGGCACUUUUCUCUUUUAAGUGGCGCUCUUUACCGUUUCUAUCAUGGAAUCUCUUUGGGGAAUAAGAUAGCAUUUAUUGAAGCUGUUCAGACUGCUGUGCAGUUCAGCACAUUUUGGCCCUACUGGCCAAUGAAAAGGGUUAGAAUUGGGAGGAAAAGGCACUUUUUGCAUUGUGAUUCUGAUUUAUUAAUGAAGAAAAGAUGUGAGUGUGUGUAUGUAUGUACAUGUGUAGGAUGUAUGUAUGGGGGGUGGGAAGGGUGAACAACACAAAUAUAAUUAAGUGGUUUAGGGAACAAAGCGACAGCUGAGUAACUUACUGUGUUAAUUGGAUUUCAAUUGUAUAUUAGUUGCAUUGUGGGCAGAGCCAAAGUCCAGCAAACAUUCUCAAAGGGCCUUUUUGAGUACUUAGGUUUAGGGUGUUGGCAUUGCCAGGCAGGAUCUUCAAGUGAAGUGCUGCCCCAUCCCACAAUAUCAUUUCCUUGUGACAGAGCGGGAGAGUUUCUUCACAGAAAAUUCAAGAACUAAAUGCCUCUUUCCUUUACAGUUAGAGAUGCUGUUUUUCCUAUGAGAGGGCUGCUUUAGUUGGCUAAUUUAUAUUAUAAGUAAUUGACUAAAUUUACCCUUUAAAUUGGUCACUGGCAGCUGCCUCUAAACUUCUAAGAGCACCAGGAGACAUUUAUAGGGAAUGUUUUAGACUGAGUUUACUGAAUGUUAAUAAAUAAUAUAGUUGAGGAACUAUAUUAUCCCAAAGCUGAAUUCUUCUGGAACCAUACCCGUACGAUAGGAAUAGAGGGGUGUUCUGUGUGAUUGAUCCCUCUCCCUAUCCAUUACUCCUCCCCUCCCCCUAGGCCAGCACAAGGUCGAAGGGUGAUAAGGCCAGGGAUUGGGAACUAGCUUUAAGCCCUUUCCUCCAUGUGGAUGUUCCACCCCUUUGUAAGCUGUCUGAGCCAGGGCAGUUUCAUCUCUAACCAGAGGUUUGAGCUGUGUGGAGCCAGAGGGGUUUGCUUGCUUCUUUUUAUCUUCUCUUCUUAAGCCUGGAGAAUGUGUUAGACACAUUUUGGUUUCAUCCAUCAGACAGUUGGGAUUUCUCUGCCUUAUGCCUUGGAGUUGUCCUGUCGAAUACACUAAUCAACCAUAUUUACUGAACAUGUAGCUCAGUAUAUUUUUGCUCAGACACUAACAUGUACCUUGUAAGUCUGCAUCAUUGUGGUCCGUGUGGUUAGGCUAGUUGUCUUGGCAUUAAGGUAAACUGAUCUCAAAAGCUGGAAGUUCAUUUGUUUCUACUGGGCCAUACUGGGAUACAGACUGAUAGCUGAAUAAGCCACCUCAUCCAAAAAAUAACCUAGAGAUUUGUACAUUUGCAUGCACUACGCUACAUCCUUGUACUGAAACGUAAAAAAAAUAAAGUAACAAAUUUGAGUGCUUGUGUGUUUUAAGUUAAACGAAUGAACUAAACCACCCUUUAAAGAAUUGCGGUGGGGAGUAACCAGGGACCACGUUGGGAAAAUGAGAACAAGCAGUUUGGUACAAAUGGAAAGGAUUCUCAGCCAGGAGUCAGGAGCUUUGGGCUCCAAUCCUGCCACCUCGGGAGCCAAGCGAGUCAGAACUUUCCACUCUGACAUCUUUGUUAAUUUUGGGCUGCCUGGGAGAUAGUUUUGCUACACUAAGAAAGUAAUUUGUGCCCACCUUCUACAACUUAAAAAUGAAAAUGUUUCAAUUCAGUUUGAAUCAAUGGUGCCCCUUCCUUGGAGAGCCAUACCAGAGAACUUAAAAAAAUCAGCACGACUGGUCAAUACAUACAAAUGAAGCAUGCAGCACCACAGAGCUAGUUAGUGCUGAAGGCUAGAUUUGAACUCAAGUCUUCCUGACUCCCCACUACACACCUAGCUGUCAUGGUUUGAUUUGAGGAAGAUAAGCAGAAUGGAAGAUCUAUCAUUGCUGAGGCUUCAAAACAGAUUCCCAGUGAUUGGGGAGGGCCUUAAAGUAGUUCACUUAUGUGGCAGAUGCAGCCCAGGUGACACAUCUGGCUAGUGAAGCUGGAAUCAGGCUUCCAUUGGUCUUGGAACAGCAGGCCAUGUCCAGUCAUCCUAUACAAAGUCUUACAAAUUGACUGCAUAUUUCCAGGUUUUAAUGCUUUACAGUGAAGGAGAACCUGAUAAGCUUUGAAAAGCAUGUGACAAGUAAAUGAAGUUCAAUUAACCAUCAGAAGAAAAUUAAAUUCACUUUGAAAUUCCGACACUAGCCAAAGCAUCCCCACAACCGUAUGCUGUCGUCCCAUAAAUGCUGAUAAACCCCAGGCGUAGCCACCCCGGGAGCACCUCUUGCAGCCCUCAAUCCUGAGGAUAUUUGUCCUCAUAAGGCGUGAAGAACACGGGGAGAAGGAAUAAGACUUGGAAUCCAGGGGAAUGGAGGCUUCUCGACAGGCAAGAUCCAAUGACACCAACUCUAGGCCCAGUCUUCCAUUUUCACUCCCUAGAAAACACUUGUGUUCCCUCGUCUUACAGAACUAGGAAACCACAUUUUAGAGUCAAUAAGUGUUUUUUAUUAGCAAACUUCAGUCUUUUCCUGUAGCUCCCUCCCUCCCCCCCCGGCACACCUUGUCUUCUUGUACUCCCAACUUUGUGUCAGGGCCCUUCUGAAUACGAAGUAGCGCCGGAGCUUACUGGCCGCUGACACCACAUGAGCACAUGUCUCUCCAUCACUUGCUCUUUCAGGCCUUUGGCUUCCAGCACUGGCUCUCAUAUCCCAGGUCCCGGAAGCCUCCACCGUGGAGCCUCAGUCUUGAGCAUUGGCUUUCAGAGUGGCUUUGUACUUGCCAGUCAUCUCUUUGGGCAAAGGCACAAUGGCUGGGCAGGGGACCUGUCCCUCCACUUCACAGAUGCAUUCCCGCAGGCAGUAUUUUUUGGGUCCAAAAUGAGCUGGGUGAGAAAGCUUCUUUUUCUCUAGCUCCUCUCUCUUGAGGACUUCCCUAUCAAAGAACAAAGGCAAUGAGUCCCAGUGAAAUAUAGUGAAGACAGUUUUCCACUGCGCCAAUAACAAAAAGAAGGUAAGAAUCCUCUUAUCUGGAUACUUUUCUUUGUGCUAUAACUCUGUCACCAUCCAUGGACCCAAGUUUCUAGGGUUGGUAGAGCUGGAAGAGAAGUUCUCGACCUAGGCUCUAUUGCUAGCAACACCUGAUCUGGUGCAGGAGUCGUUCUUCACCCCCCUCAGAGAAAGGCCGAUGACUUUUAUCACUGAAGAAAGGCAAUUCUUGCCUUUCCCCAGAACAGGUGAUGAGUAGAGGCCUACCCCUGGUUAUAAGGAACACCGAAUCAUCUGCCACAUUUACUUUCCUUAUAGGCAAUGCAAAAACCAAUUUCUGUUGCCCCAAGUCAUGUCAACCUGAGGGAGAAGAUCUAGAAAUCCUCACAUAAAAUCCUGAGGCUUACAGGGAUGAAUACUAAUGGUGAUAGCAAGUAUUUUUCCUUCCCUAAGCAGCUCCUUCACCCAAUGUCGUUUCCUGGAACUCUCCUUCCCUAAAUGCUGACAGUGCCUAUGAGGAAACUGGUUGAAGUCCAUGUUAACAAAACCUCUGCUUAUCAUUGAGGCAUUCUGUUCAACUUAAAAGCCAUUUGUAAAAUCGGUACUGUAUGCAAAUCAAGCCACUCACCCCUUGCUAGAAAAAGCUGAUAGGAGAAGAAAAAUUAAAAUGAAUUAAGUGGAAGCUAUCUCAUCUGGAUUAGAGAAACCGUGGCAUCAUGCCACCAGCUAACUUCCUCUUUCCUCUUUCAGUGCUCAUGUAGAAAACCCUAAAACCCACUAAGGAGGGAACUGCGUCCAGGGUGGUAGAUCUAUUCCGAAAGGAGCCUCUGAUUCUAAGCAGGAUUCAGGAUUCAGCAAAAGUGUGUUAGAAGCAGUUAUUUCUUGAAAAUGUUCUGAAAGGGAGUCAUAUUUUUGCUAAAAAUAAAGGUGGAAAAAAGCAUGAUGGUCUCCUGUUAAACAUGCCUUCACUUGAUGAUGUCAUGGUUUUGAUGACAUGGCUGUGGCCCACCACCAUGCCCUGGAUCCAGUUUUUUAGAUGACAAGCAGUAUCGCAGGCCCUAGUGGUUUUAAAAAACACUUGGGCAACAAAGCUGACUGACAAGGCGCAGGCUUCUUGAUUCCCAAAUGGGACAACACCCAUAAAACCCACAGCAAACUCUAGGUGCUAUCGGGGUUCACUAGGACCUUUACUGCUGCCUGUCAAGGAAGAUCUGGCAGCCACCACCAUACCUGGGGGCCUUCUUCUCCCCUUUACUCCUGGUGCUUAGGGAAAGAUGGCAGCUAGGCCCAGACCUUGGAGCUAAUGGGACCACCCAAAGGGAAUCCUGUUCUCCCUCCACACACCAACCACUCGCCUGUCUGGCUUUUUCUCUCAAGAGGAGAAAGGGAAGCGAGGGCCACUGGCCAGGCACCCGCAACUUACUCAUUCUUGCCCAAGAUCUUCUUGACGUGCUGCAUGAUCUCCAAGUUGCUCUUGUCCUCCACAUCCACCAGGACCUGCUCACCAGAAUCUA